CUUACUGUCUCUUAACUCUCUUUUCCUUACAAAGCUAAAAAUAUUAUAAAAUGGAAGAAUUAACAAAAGGAAUGAGAUUUAUCCAAAUCCCAUUGGAAGCUCAUCGAAUUAAUGCCUUGCAUCAAGGGCUUUUGCCACAGGACUAUAAGCUUGACAAGUUAGAUGAUAGAUACAUAAUGUAUUACUCAGAAGAAGUCUCCUAUAAAAAUAUACGAGGAGUUUCCUGUUUUGUGCCCUCAGAUACACCCCACAAUGUUCCAGCUCAAAGUCAUGAGAAAUUAUCAUGCUUUUUUCUGUCAGAAAAUACGCAACUUCCUUCAGAACUAAUUUUUAUUUACACACAUAAAAUGAGUCUUAGAUUUCCUUUUGGCAGACGCCAAAAUGCAUUACAUUUCCUGAUUGCACCCACAAGGAGAAUGACAAAAGAAGACUAUGAACAAGCGGUAAAGAAUUUAAAUUGGAAUGUAUGUGAAAUGAAAGUUUUUGCCGAAGUGAAUAAAUUAGUGAGCCUUGAUGAAGACCUUGAUGAUGUUGAAGAUUUCCGAAUGGUAGAAUUAUAUUGGCUCAUGGAAUACUUUUAUGAGAACAAAGCAAACCUAUACAUGGAUCGUCUUCAUAUGAUUGAUUUUACUACGUGGAUCGCUCAGACAAAGCCGAAAUUUGAUGAUCUCCUCAAUCAAGAGUUUCGCUCUUAUAUUGUAUUUAAUAUUCUUCUCCAUAUGGACUCUCAUACUCAAUCUGAUUUAACAACACAGACAUACAUUUGGGAUAUCUUAGGCGAGUUAAAUGAUGUGUUUAAGUGGAAUGAGUCCAAUUUUUUAGAUGAUUGUCUCCCAGAUACAACUCUAAGAGCCCAAGGGUAA